AGCGCGAGCCGCAGCCGGAGCAGGAGCGCCGAGACGCGCCUCCGGAACGUAGAGUAACAAUCACAACCCCACAUUCCGGGCGAGCGCGAGCAGGAGCGGGAAGGGAUGCGACCCGGGCCGAGGCGCCGCGCGAGCGCCCUGCAGCCAACGUGAGCGCCGCCAGCCGCGGCGGCCCGGGCGCCGGCCAGGCCUGGGGGCGGCGGGAGCCUGCGUGCGUGCACUCCUCUGCUCUCGUGCGUCCUGGAAGCAGUGGCCGCGGCGGCUCCCUCCGGGGUGCAAACCCAGUCGCCGCCAGCGGAACGGCCGACGCUGCGGAGGGGAGAAGGUCCUUUCUCGGCUGCCACCCCCUCCCCCGGUCCUCCGGGGAAGCAGCGGCUUCAGCAAGAUUGGACCCGGGCACCGGGUGGCACUGAACGAACUCUCUAGCCCUCGUCCCAGGGGGCCCGUCGGGGAGAGGACACAGCUCGUAGGGGAGCCCCCGGGGAGAGGAAGAGACAGCCCCUUUCGAGCUUCCACGCACCAGCCACUCCGGGGAGGGGGCCAAGAGGCAACGGCGGCCAGCACCGGGCACCCUCGCCCCCUCCCCUCGGGCUGGGAGCUUCCAGCCCAAGUCUGCAGCACCAGGAAGAAAGCGCCUGAGCUCCCCUCGCGACAAGACAACCGCAGUAGGAGGUGGGGGCGAAGAGAGGGCUGAACCCGUCCGCUGCCCGGGCAGUGGAGCCCCCACGGCGAGGCGCUGCGCCGGCGGUGGAGACUCGCGUUCCCUCCAGCCCCUGGGGCAGAACUUUCUCGCCCCCCCCUCCCUCCCCCGCAGUCGGACUCCCUCCCCAGCCGGCCAGUCCUCCCGGAGGAGAAGGCGCCGCGGAGACAGCCCGGGCGAGGGCCUACCUUCCUCAGGGCCGGCAUCAUGUCGGCGGCGCAGGUGUCCUCGUCCCGGAGACAAUCUUGCUACCUGUGCGACCUGCCCCGCAUGCCCUGGGCCAUGAUCUGGGACUUCUCGGAACCCGUAUGCCGCGGUUGCGUCAACUACGAAGGCGCCGAUCGCAUCGAGUUCGUGAUCGAGACAGCGCGCCAGCUGAAGCGGGCGCACGGCUGCUUCCAGGACGGCCGCUCCCCCGGGCCGCCGCCGCCCGUCGGGGUCAAGACAGUGGCCCUGUCGGCUAAGGAAGCGGCGGCGGCGGCAGCAGCAGCAGCGGCCGCCGCCGCCGCGCAACAGCAGCAGCAACAACAGCAGCAGCAACAGCAGCAGCAGCAGCAGCAACAGCAGCAGCAGCAACAGCUCAACCACGUUGAUGGUUCCAGCAAGCCUGCGGUGCUGGCGGCCCCGUCUGGCCUGGAGCGCUACGGCCUGAGCGCUGCCGCUGCGGCCGCCGCCGCCGCCGCCGCUGCGGUGGAACAGCGCAGCCGCUUCGAGUACCCGCCACCGCCGGUGAGCCUGGGAAGCAGCAGCCACGCCGCGCGACUGCCCAACGGCCUGGGGGGCCCAAACGGCUUCCCUAAACCAACACCAGAGGAGGGACCCCCAGAGCUGAACCGCCAGAGCCCCAAUUCGUCUUCAGCGGCGGCGUCCGUGGCGUCUCGGCGUGGGACGCACGGUGGGCUGGUGACGGGGCUGCCCAACCCGGGGGGUGGCGGAGGCCCCCAGCUCACCGUGCCCCCCAACCUGCUGCCGCAGACGUUGCUUAACGGCCCGGCCAGCGCUGCGGUACUCCCCCCACCCCCUCCCCACGCCCUGGGCAGCCGUGGGCCCCCGACGCCUGCUCCCCCAGGGGCUCCUGGGGGCCCCGCUUGUCUCGGGGGUACCCCGGGUGUAUCGGCCACGUCGUCCUCCGCGUCGUCUUCGACCUCUUCGUCGGUGGCAGAGGUGGGCGUGGGUGCUGGUGGCAAGAGGCCUGGCUCGGUAUCGAGCACAGACCAGGAGCGCGAGUUGAAGGAGAAGCAGCGCAACGCCGAGGCCCUGGCCGAGCUGAGCGAGAGCCUGCGCAACCGUGCCGAGGAGUGGGCCAACAAGCCCAAGAUGGUCCGCGACACGCUGCUCACGCUGGCUGGCUGCACGCCCUACGAGGUUCGCUUCAAGAAGGACCACUCGCUGCUGGGCCGCGUUUUCGCCUUCGACGCCGUCUCCAAGCCUGGCAUGGACUACGAAUUGAAGCUGUUCAUUGAGUACCCCACGGGCUCGGGCAACGUGUACUCCAGUGCGUCUGGUGUGGCCAAGCAGAUGUACCAGGACUGCAUGAAGGAUUUCGGCCGGGGCUUGUCCUCGGGUUUCAAGUACCUGGAGUACGAAAAGAAGCACGGCUCUGGGGACUGGCGCCUGCUUGGAGACCUGCUCCCUGAGGCCGUGCGCUUCUUCAAGGAGGGCGUGCCCGGCGCCGACAUGCUGCCCCAGCCCUACCUGGACGCCAGCUGUCCCAUGCUGCCCACUGCGCUGGUGAGUCUGAGCCGCGCCCCCAGCGCACCCCCGGGGACCGGGGCCCUGCCGCCUGCCGCGCCGUCGGGCCGGGGCGCAGCCGCCAGCCUGCGCAAGAGAAAGGCCUCUCCCGAGCCCCCGGACUCAGCCGAGGGCGCGCUGAAGCUGGGCGAGGAACAGCAGAGGCAGCAGUGGAUGGCGAACCAGAGCGAGGCGCUGAAGCUCACCAUGUCCGCCGGGGGCUUCGCGGCGCCGGGGCACGCGGCAGGGGGUCCGCCUCCUCCGCCCCCACCUCUGGGACCCCAUUCCAACCGGACCACCCCACCUGAGUCAGCCCCCCAGAACGGUCCGUCCCCCAUGGCCGCCCUCAUGUCGGUGGCAGAUACUCUGGGCACAGCGCACUCGCCCAAGGAUGGCAGUUCCGUGCACUCUACCACUGCGUCCGCGCGGCGCAACAGCAGCAGCCCAGUCUCGCCGGCCUCCGUGCCGGGGCAACGCCGCUUGGCAUCACGUAACGGGGACCUGAAUUUACAGGUGGCGCCCCCGCCGCCUAGCGCCCACCCGGGCAUGGACCAAGUGCACCCCCAAAACAUUCCGGAUUCCCCCAUGGCCAACAGCGGACCCCUCUGCUGCACCAUUUGCCACGAACGUUUGGAGGACACGCAUUUCGUUCAGUGCCCGUCCGUCCCCAGCCACAAGUUUUGCUUCCCUUGCUCUAGAGAGAGUAUCAAGGCCCAGGGGGCCACCGGCGAGGUUUAUUGCCCCAGCGGAGAGAAAUGCCCCCUAGUCGGGUCGAAUGUACCUUGGGCCUUCAUGCAGGGCGAAAUCGCGACUAUCUUAGCUGGGGAUGUUAAAGUGAAAAAGGAGAGAGACCCUUGAACCACUGGGCAGCCACCUCCUUUGCCCUAGACCAGCUCCUCUCCAGUCCUGAGGGCCCCUCCCCCAACCCACCUCGACUCUCCCCCUCCCCUCACCCCCAAGGUGUAGAAUUGUGAAUAUAACAAAACUGCAAAAAGUUAGUCUUAUGUAUAGACAUUAUUUUCGUCGUAUGUUUCUAUAUUUUGAAACAAAGGUAUGUAACUUCUUCAUUUGAAGGAUAAGCUGGUUUCUGUUAAGCAGUGAAAUAUUGGUUGGGUCAUUUGCAUCAUAUCGUUAGCAUUUAUUUGGUGGCAGAAUGUUUGCCUAGGUACAGAAUUAACAGCCCUUAGCAACGACUGCUGCUGGUGUGUAUUUUUGUAAAUGUUAUGCACUCUCUGAAAGGAAAAACACACACAAAAGAAAAAGACUUUUUUUUUUUUUUUUUUUUUUUUUUGCCAAGGCCUAAAAAAAAAAAAAAAAAAAAAAAAAAAAAGCUAUAAAAUGGUGAAAGCUUCCUUCUAAACUGCCCCAAGUGUUGAAGUCUUCACUUUAUUUUGUUCUGUUUUGUUUUGUUUUUCUGUUUUGUUUGCAAAAUGGUAAGGGGGUGUCGGGGGGGAUGGGGUGUUUUUUGUUGCAAGUUUGUGAGGGGAAAAUGUUUUGGUUUGUUUCUACUGACCUGAAUGUGUUGGAUCUACACGUGUUGUUUUGUUUUUGCUUUAUUGAUGCACGGAUGCUUUUGAACAGUAGAGCGAAAUGCUAGACAUGGAGAAUCUGCUCUGUUUGUCCUUUAUACAUUUCUGUAGUUAACAGAACACUGUAAUGUGCCUUGGAGCUUAGUAACUUGUAAUAAAUUCAAUUGAUAUUAA